AUGUUGCGCUUGCUUGCGGUGACCGCCUGCCUCGCCAAAGUCGCCAUCGCCACGUGCCCUGACGAUCCGGAGGUGGACCUUUGCGAGACAACCGGCGAAGAGACGGGCUCCGCAUUCCGCGGCUCGCCGUGGAUGGCGCUGCUGCUGCCCCUCGCCUCGGCCCGUCCCAAGGUUGCCACAGGCUUAGCGUUGGCACUGGCGAUGGCUGUCGGGGCGGAGGCCGUCACUUGCGGCGAGGUGAAGGAUUUCUACAAGAGUGAGCAGUGCUGUGGCUCCCCCACCACGGUGCUGAGCAACCCCCAUAAGAGCGAUGCCUACAACAACGACACCGAUGCGAUGGCGUACGACGCGGCCUCCUCCGGCAGGCGCCUGGCCAGCAACCCACGCCCUGGCUUCAUGUGCCCAACGGACACGCUCACUGACGCGCAGAUGACGCCGUACACCUUUCAGCACUGCACGGGUGACGUGCAGGUCGGCAAGUCCUACGAGGUCCACUACGUGCACUCCUCAGCCGGCACCGACAACGAUGCUUCGGACGGCAUGAAUGCAGACCUCCUCGCGGAUGGUUUGGGAGGUGCCGCAAACGGCCGUGGCCUUCUGAACCCUAUGGUCGUGGUGCAGGGCCAGAUCUACCAGAUCGUGAACGGGGGGCCUACUGUGAACGAUCUGCUGCAUGGCUGGACUGUUGUUGGACAUAACAACUCCGUCAUGUACUCUGGGUCAACCACCGGCCAGUCGCACGACAACUCAGUGUGCUCUCCAUACGUCAUCACUUGGCAUGUGGACAAGGAUUGCCACCAGGUUUCCCCCGAGUCUUUCGACAACCUCUGCAAGCAGAUGAAGGACCUGUACGGGAUGUCGGUUGACCUCGCACCCCACGGCUCUCGCAUUCUGGUGUCUCCGACCUACGUGGUGCAAUCUCAGUACGUUGUGCCCUUGGCCUGA